UUGGGGCGAAGCAGAACAAGAUGAGGAAGACCACCUGGCGCCUUGAGACAAAGAUUACCAAAUUGGUGCAAUGGUGCCCAAUUUGAUGUUAAUCCAUUCAUCAUCGCAUUCUGUGGGAGUUUCACUAUAAAUAUAUAGGGACUCCCGCACCUGAGAAUGGCCUCCAUCAUUUCUACAUUGGCAUCUUCGUUUGUCCUUUAUUCUUCUUCUUCUUCUUCGUCUUUGAUUUUCACCGGGCUGCGCUCUGCCCCUGCCCUGAGACUUCACCUUGCAGUGACGCCCUUGCUGUGUUCUCGUCGAGGGAAGCACAUGGCUCAUGGGAUUGCUCGGGCCACUCUCGGCCUCACUCAGCCUGCCAGCAGUGAAGUCCCCAAGAUUUGUUUCGCCGCAAAAGAGAUUGAUCUGGCGCAAUGGAAAGGAGAUAUGCUCGCGGUGGGUGUUACGGAGAAGGAUUUGGCCAAGGAUGAGAACUCCAAGUUUGAGAACUCGAUCUUGAAUAAGAUAGAUUCCCUGCUGGGUGGGCUUUUGGCUGAAGCAUCUUCCGAGGAAGAUUUCACUGGAAAAGCUGGGCAGUCGACAGUUCUUAGGCUCCCAGGUCUUGGCUCGAAAAGGGUUGGCUUGAUUGGUCUUGGACAGUGCACGCCUACUUUGUCUGCGGCAGCUUGUAAAGGUCUUGGCGAGGCUGCUGCUGCGGCAGCAAAGACUGCUCAAGCACGGAGUGUUGGUAUUGUGCUUGCUUCUUCGGAGGGGCUAUCUACUGAGUCAAAACUCCAAACUGCUUCCGCUAUAGCAUCUGGAACUGUGCUUGGAAUAUAUGAAGAUAAUAGGUUUAAGUCAGAGUCCAAGAGACCUGCUCUUUCGUCUGUGGAUAUUCUUGGUCUUGGAACAGGACCUGAACUUGAGAAGAAGCUGAAGUAUACAGAAGAUGUUUGUUCUGGGGUAAUAUUUGGAAAAGAGCUUGUAAAUGCACCUGCCAAUGUACUUACACCUGCGGUGCUAGCGGAGGAGGCUUCGAAGAUUGCUUCGUUGUAUAGUGAUGUUCUAUCUGCAACAAUUUUGGAUGUAGAGCAAUGCAAAGAGUUGAAGAUGGGUUCUUAUCUAGGUGUUGCUGCAGCUUCUGCAAAUCCUCCUCAUUUCAUCCACUUAUGUUACAAGCCUCCUAGUGGAUCCAUUAAAACCAAGUUGGCUGCAGUUGGAAAAGGAUUAACUUUUGACAGUGGUGGCUACAACAUCAAGACAGGACCUGGCUGUUUAAUUGAGCUCAUGAAAUUUGAUAUGGGAGGUUCGGCUGCAGUUCUUGGUGCAGCAAAGGCCAUUGGUCAAAUUAAACCUCUUGGAGUAGAGGUUCAUUUCAUUGUUGCGGCUUGUGAGAACAUGAUUAGUGGCACAGGAAUGAGACCUGGAGACAUUGUCACAGCUUCAAAUGGAAAGACAAUUGAGGUCAAUAACACAGAUGCCGAAGGCAGACUUACACUUGCAGAUGCUUUGGUUUAUGCCUGUAACCAAGGCGUAGAGAAGAUAGUUGAUCUGGCAACAUUAACUGGGGCCUGCAUUAUUGCUCUUGGACCCUCAAUUGCUGGGGUCUUCACACCUAGCGAUGAGCUGGCAAAGGAAGUCUUUGCUGCUUCAGAGAUCGCUGGGGAGAAAUUUUGGAGAAUGCCGUUGGAGGACAGUUACUGGGAAUCUAUGAAUUCGGGAGUAGCUGAUAUGGUAAACACUGGUGGCCGUCAAGGGGGUGCCAUCACUGCAGCUCUAUUUUUGAAACAGUUUGUGGAUGAGAAGGUUCAGUGGAUGCAUAUAGACAUGGCUGGGCCUGUUUGGAAUGACAAGAAACGCAGUGCUACAGGAUUUGGCAUUCAAACUCUUGUGGAAUGGGUUCUGAAGAACUCAUCUUAGUCAUAUGAGUUGAAAUGAAAACUGAUCAAUCAGCUAGGGUUGCAGCUUCGACAAAUAGGAAAUGAAAGCCGAAAUCUCAAAAUGGGCUCUUGUUGCGGCAGUGACUUCCAAAUUGUAUGAAUAAGGUUUUUUUGGUUGGAAAAAAAAUAUGUAGAGCUUUGAUCUGAUGCAUCAAACUAUUCCAACUUGUUGCAGCAAAUUGAAACUCCUUCUUUGGUCCUUUGGCCAGGGAAAGUUCUGAAUGUCUGUCUGAUGAUUUUCCA